AUCACACUUAGUGUCGGCUACUCAACUCUCCCCGGAGUGGAUAAGUGCCUGCGAGAAUGCAAAUGGAAGUUGAGGGCAAGUUGAGACCUCCGACACGAGGUCUUCGACUUUUGUCAUGCGAUGGAGGAGGCAUCAGGGGACUCUCAAGCAUCAUCAUCCUUGACCGUCUCAUGCGAAGUAUCGAUCGUCAAAACCCCCCGAAACCAUGCGAAGUGUUCGAUCUUAUUGGAGGAAACAGCACUGGUGGCCUCAUUGCAAUAAUGCUAGGCCGGCUCGAGAUGACCGUGGAAGAAUGCAUCGACAAUUAUAUUGAAAUAUCUGAAGCCGCAUUCCUGCCCCGUCGAAACAAGAUCAAUCUACUCGGGAGGGCCCGUGACCGGUGGAAUAUUCGAGGUCGCUUUAGCUCGGCAGCAUUAGAGAAGGAGAUCAUCAAGCUUAUCGACAGCCGGCCAGAUGAAUCGGGUAUGGAGUCACUUAUGUUGAAAGGAGGGACAUCUUGCCGAAGUUUCGUUGUUUCAAUAGCCAAGGAGGCCCCAGACACCGCCGUUCUCCUCCGCAGCUAUCCGUCAUUGCGAGACUCUGGACUGAAGCCGAGGAUUUGGGAAGCGGCUAGGGCUACUUCUGCAGCAUCGUCUUUUUUCGAUCCGAUACAAAUUGGAAAAUUUGGUCAGUGGUUCACUGAUGGAGCUACCGGGUUCAACAACCCUGUCAACCAAGUCUACGACGAGGCUUGUGACAUAUGGGCAGAUGCAAGAACCAAUAUUCAAUGCAUUGUCUCGAUCGGUACUGGAGAGCCCAGAUUUAAGACCUUCGGAGACGAUCUUAAGGGGCUAGCAUCGACAUUGGUUGCUCUGGCGACAGAAACCCAGCAUACCGCAAAUAUGUUUGAAAGACAUCACCCUGAUAUAACCCAUCUACGGUUUAACGUGAGACAGGGACUUCAAGGCGUGGGCAUUCAAGAAUACAAGGAGAUUCCUAAUAUCAAAUCCGUCACGGAUAGGUAUCUUGAUACUGAUGGUGACGCGAAUAGAAUGGUGGUCCAAUUCACGAACUUGCUCACAAAUAAGCUGGAGCUCGGCAUGAGUAAAUAUAUCCAAACUCCAAGAUAUAUCCCGCCGAAGCUUCGCAGCUACCUUGAGACAUUCUGGACUUAUUUCCACUGCCAGCAAGGGCCAUCCGGGCUAACAGCUCUGAUCCCUGAUCACAUCUUUUCGUCCUCUGAACAACAGGAAUUGGAGGCUUUCAAGAACGACAGGCCCCCAAAGCCACAGCGCCCGCAUGCUAGUUGGAUGUCACUACAUGAUGCAUUAUGUUCAUCUCAGCCAUCAUGCCGGAUUUUGUAUCAUGAGUACGAGAUCGAGUGGACAGAUGAAUUUGGCGGCCUUGUCCUAGCUCAUGUCGACACCGCUGAAGUGUGGCGUUUACUAUCAUGUGGGAAAUCGCGUUCCGAUAUGGGUCAAGGCUCAAACACGCAUGGUAACUGGAUUGUGAACGAGAUUAUUAUCAGUGUAGCUGGAGGCCAAGGAGGGAAGCCCAUAAUUCGCACCACUUUCAGAACUCCAGGUCUAUCCAGACCGCGAUUGAUCGCCGUUGCAAGCUCAUCAUUUGCACAAGCUAUGACUGGUGGCCCUGGAUUGCGACCUGAUGGACUCCUGGGCUCACGAUUUGUCAGCAGGAUGCUCGGAUAUGAGUAUGUUCAGAUGCCGAAGAUGGUGUUUUUUGUCCGCAUUGAGACCUCAAAACGAGUCUAUUUUCGGUCACACUUUGCAGCCAUGGUGAACUUGGCAACGAACUUCAUCGAAGUUGCGCACGAGCUAUGGGAUCAUGAGGACUCUAUCGAUUGCAACCUUCAAGGUGUCCCGAUCAAGGUCAUGGUGGAGGAACUUAGAGAUUUCUUCGGCAACAGUUGGUGGAACAGGCCGAUUCCGAGCUUCCACGGCAGCUUUUAUAUUCUACGCAGCGCAUCUGACAUUUAUUUUGGACAAUUACCCAAUGACGAUACUUUCGAAAUGGAGGAUCUCAUGACACUCAUGGGUGAGUUAGAACAUGUUAUGCUUGAGCCAAGUCGCAAGCCACAACACGUGGCGUCUUGGACGGCAUUCUUCGGGGAUCGGAACGCCAGAUGGCUUGUCAUAGUCCUUUUCCUUAACUGUCUUGACAACCUUGCUGACUCGGUAGUCUUGCCGGACGCCUUUGAGCCAUUGUUGGAUAGCCCAACACGGAAAUGCUUGCUAGGAUAGCUUGGGAGGUACACAGGUAUCGAGGCAUAUGGUUCUUUGUUAGUUAUUGCAGGACGACAUUUCAUCUUAUCAGCAAUAAACAUACUCAAC